UCGAGGCUUCUCAAACAGUAUCUCGCAUCACCCUUGACAUUUGCGCGUCAGGUUUAAACGAGACAGAGGCUCUACUCACAACUGACUUGACAACCUGGACUGGAAGCGCAAUUGUCUCCACAAAUAUUGCCUGCAAAUAGGUAGGCGCUUAGCCCUGCUGGCCCUGCAAGGGAUAGACUAGGCUAGGCUGCAUUACAAGGAUUCGACACUGCCACUGCAGAAUGACGCUAGCACUCGUCUAGUUCGCCUCAGAGACUAUGCCCGACGAGAAGCCCUACCACGCAAAACGCCCGCAUCGCAAGUCUAGGGCCGGCUGCAUCAGCUGUAAGCAGCGCCGCGUCAAGUGCUCUGAGGACAAGCCCCGCUGUAGGGCCUGCACUCUGCGCAAGGAGGACUGCCGAUACCCAUCAGCUACCUCUGCCGAAGCCAGCGGCGGCCACCAGCGCUCGCCCAGCACCGUCCGUUCCGAAGACAAUCAUGAUUCCUCGGCCGAACGGCCCCGGCAGCGCCCGGCAACCGGCACCCUCGUCAGCCCCCCGGAGAGCCCCGCCGACAGCGAGCCUGAGUCAUCUGGUUGGGAGCUGCUCGAGUGGGAGCCCGAGCCGGACCCCUUACCAGCCCCUGUCUCUGAGCUCAUGCCCCCGGCCACGUUUGCUUCCGGCGUCGACGACAUGAAGCUGAUGUGGUUCUACACCGUCAGGACAUUCACGUCCUUCUCUGUCGAAGCCGGCUUUAUUCCGGACAUUCACAACAUGUUGACCAUCACAAUACCGCAGUACGCGCUCGGCAGCCCUUUUCUGUUGAACGCGCUGCUUGCCAUCUCAGCCUUCCAGAUGGACGCCGAGUCUGGCGACAAGAUCCCCGAGUCCCGCAUCAUGACGUACCGCACAAAGGCCGUCCAGGGCUACCGGCGUGCCGUCGUCGAGGCCAGGUCCGAGACCUUCCCCGCCCUCAUCGUGAGCUCACUCUUCCUCUGCGUCCUCUCCAGCCAGGACUUCCGCGAGCCCGACGCCAAGCCCUUCUUCAUCCUCGACUGGAUCGUCGUGUGGAGGGGCAUCGGCAUCAUGACGGAGCUCGUCACGCGCCAGACCCUCGUCGACACGGGCUUGUUCCUGCUCUUCUCGCGACCGCGAACCGACCGCGACGAGGGCGCCAUGCACACCCCGGGGAACCUCCUCUUCAUGGUCGCCUCCAUCCCCGAGGGCGACCCGGACUGCGAGUUCCGCGACUCCUACUACGACACCAUCAAGGUGCUGGGCGCCCUCUACAUGGACCUCAAGGCCGGCUACGGCCCCGUCAUGGAGCUGCGCAUCAUCACCUUCUUCACCUUUUUGCCCGGGCCUUUCGUCGAGGCCGCCAGGCUCAAGCGCCCGCGCGCCCUCGUCAUCAUCGCCUACUGGCUUGCCUUCUCCAAGCUCUCGCGCGUGUGGUGGAUGCAGGGCAUCGCCCGGAACGAGAUCUGCCACAUAGACCGCCACGUCGGCGACGAGUGGGCCGCGCUCAUGCAGGUGCCGCUCGCCGCCAACAAGCUCGACGACGCCACCGAGAUCGGCCGGCUCCUUCUCGGCAACCAUGCCUGGACCCCGGUCGAGCACUCGCUCUCCGACCUGGCUGCUGACAAGAAGCCAACUCUUGUAUAUGACGACGGCGGGCUGGCCAUCGACGUACUAGCUCUGCGCCGUUUCGGCAACGAGCCGCAGUGACCAUAUGGGUACUACAAACCUAUCUAAAUAAUAAAGUCUUUGGUAACAAUAUAAAUAAACAUUUAGAAGCUAGA